AUGUUUACAAACGUAUCCGGUGAGAAUGUGGUAAGCGCCUCGCUGGAGAUAUUGCAGCGAGAAGAGGAUAUCGUGGAGGCAGAAUGGAUACGGAAGGAAUCGUUAACACGAUUGAUCAACCUGAUGGUAACAACCACCUAUUUUACAUCUAACGGCAGUAUCUACGAGCAAAUAUUUGGACUACAGGUGGGAUCUCCACUCUCACCUCCUUGA